AUGGCGGAACUGAAUGCACUACAAAAUGAGCUGGGGCCCUACGGGCUCGUCGUCCUGGGCUUCCCCUGCAACCAGUUUGGGAAGCAGGAGCCUGAACUGAAUGCACUACAAAAUGAGCUGGGGCCCUACGGGCUCGUCGUCCUGGGCUUCCCCUGCAACCAGUUUGGGAAGCAGGAGCCUGGCCAGAACUCGGAGAUCCUCCCCGCGCUGAAGUACGUCCGGCCCGGGGGCGGCUUCGUCCCCAACUUCCAGCUCUUCCAGAAAGGGGACGUGAACGGGGCCAAGGAGCAGAAGUUCUACACCUUCCUGAAGAAUGCCUGUCCCCCGGUGGCAGAGGAGUUCGGGAACCCCAAGAACCUCUUCUGGGAGCCCCUGCGGAACCACGACAUCAAGUGGAACUUCGAGAAGUUCCUGGUGGGCCCCGACGGCGUGCCCGUCAUGCGCUGGUACCACCGCGCCAACAUCGCCGUCGUGAAGAACGACAUCAUCGCCUACAUCAGGCAGCAGCAGGGUCUGUAG